CCCUCCAUCCAUUCCACCGGUUCCUUCUUCGUUGCCAUUCCAACUCCCUCGUUGUUGGAUUUUUCUUUUUACUGACUGUAAUUCUCCUUCCCUCACCCGAGUCCCUUCGUUUACACCCUCGGAUCGGAUCGCGUCUUUCUCCCAACGACCGUCUUUCUUGGACAACAACACCGCUUGAAUCGUUGAAUUGCUACUGUUCAGUUCAUCUACAAUGAAGACUGCUGUUCUUCUUUCCGCCUUGGCGGGCAUUGGCGCCGUCUCGGCCACCCCUACCCUCAAGGAGCCUCCCAGCAAGCGUGCAAACCUCCCCACCGUCACGGUCUCGGGCAACGCUUUCUGGGCCGGCGAUGAACGAUUCUACCUUCGAGGCAUUGACUAUCAGCCUGGCGGUGCUUCCGCUAACAAGGACCCCUUGGCCGAUACCAAGGUCUGCGAGCGCGAUAUUAAGAACUUCAAGGACCUUGGCGUCAAUGUCAUUCGUGUCUACGCCGUCGACAACACGGCCGACCACGAUGAGUGCAUGAAGGCGCUCAACGACGCUGGCAUCUACCUCGUUCUGGAUGUCAACAACCCCAAGUACUCCAUCAACCGCGGCAACCCCGGUCCCUCUUACAACACCGCCUACCUCCAGAGCGUCUUUGCCACUGUCGAGAUGUUUGCUCAGUACGACAACACCCUCGCUUUCUUCUCGGGCAACGAGGUCAUCAACGAUGAGGAGGAUACCGACAAGUCCGCUCCCUAUGUCAAGGCUGUCACUCGUGAUAUGAGAGCCUUCAUGAAGGCCCGCAAGCUCCGCCAGGUCCCUGUCGGUUACUCGGCUGCCGAUGUUGCACAGAACCGAAUGCAGACUGCCCACUACUUCAACUGCGGCUCUGACGAUUUGCGAUCCGACUUCUUCGCCUUCAACGACUACUCUUGGUGCAACAGUGACUUCAAAACCGCUGGCUGGGAUGUCAAGGUCAAGAACUUUACUGACUACGGUCUUCCCAUCUUCCUGUCUGAGUAUGGUUGCAUCAAGAACCGUCCUCGUAAGUUUGAGGAGCUCGAGGCCCUGAUGAGCGACGAGAUGACCGGCGUCUACUCUGGUGGUCUCAUGUAUGAGUACUCGUACGAGGACAACGACUUUGGUAUUGUCAAGAUCAGCGGCAACACCGUCAAGACCACCGACGAGUACAAGCUCUUGAAGGAGGCUCUUAAGAACUACCCCCAGCCCACCGGCUCUGGCGGCGCUGCCAAGUCUACGCACGGUGUCGACUGCCCCGCCAAGGAGGAUGUCUGGCAGGUUGACCCCGACCUUGUUCCCGAGAUGCCCUCGCAAGCCGAGAAGUACUUUACCAACGGUGCUGGCAAGGGUCCCGGCUUCGACGGAAACAAUAACAAGGGUUCCCACUUUGAGGUCGACAGCGGUACCGCGACCGCCAGUGUCAGCGCUGGCAAGUCCACUUCCACCAGCAGUGGUUCCGAGUCUACAGACGAGGACGACGACAGCGCCGCUUCCACCAUGGACAUGGCUCCUCUCUACAUCACUGGCGCUGCCACCCUCUUCACCCUGUUCGGAACUCUUCUCCUGUAAACGAGAGAGUACUCCUUCUUCAUUUUGUCUUCUUGCUUUAGUCUUUGGGAUUUGCCGCAAACGCCAUAGGCCAGGCCCCCAUUGUGAUUCAUGACAGGUACAGCAACAUGGAUGCUGUGGAGGGACGCGCUGGACUAGAUGCGCUGGACACGUCGGGUUCGUCUUUUUAUUCCACGGGAGCAUUGGCGUCUAGCCCAGGAUGGGUAGACAGCCGGGAAAUGAUUAUAAUGCUGUCUGGGCCAUAGUUGCCUUUUGUUUUUAUAGUUGAAAAUGAUAUCGAAUAGACUUUCCUUGUGAUCCG